CCUUGCAGCGAUGAUGAAAGUUGAAUUCCAGAAGUAAUUGUCUCCUUUCAGUUUAUUUUUUUCGUCUUGUAAGUCGUAGUGAAUUUACUGUGUUCUGCAGUGGCUAAUGUAGCAAGAGAGGUGAAAAUAGUGGUAGUUCUUUAGUGUAGCAGAAAUGUUGUCGCCAAGAUCUGUCAAUAUUAAAUCGGUUCGUUUCCUUGUAUUCACCGCACUCGUAAUAUUCUGUGUCAUGCUGGGACUGAAGCUCAUGGUUAACCUACCAGAUCCUGGUAUUUAUUCAGCAUUAGAUGAUAGCAAGGUUGUAUCGACACAGUUGAAGCAACUCCGAGCUCAGGUUGGUAGACUAAAAAUUCUACUGGCUAAAAAUGGAAUUGCUAACCCAUAUGAAAACCUUGAGAGCUUGCCAACCAUUUUCGCAAUUACUCCUACCCAUACUAGACCACUUCAAAAAGCCGAGCUUACCAGGAUAUCUCAAACAUUUCUCCUUAUUCCAAAUUUUCACUGGAUUGUUGUUGAGGAUGGUGAAACCAGGACUCCAUUAGUCACAAAUUUGUUGGCUCAAUCUGGGCUUUCUUAUACACAUUUAAAUGCAGAAACUCCAAAAGAAUGGAAAUUACUCUUGGAUGACCCACAGUGGAAGAAACCUCGUGGAGUCAAACAACGAAACGCGGCCCUCCAAUGGCUUCGGAAUCACGCAGAUCCUCGGAAACCAGCCGUUGUUUUUUUCGCCGAUGAUGAUAACACUUACAGUCUAGAACUUUUUGAAGAGAUGAGAACCACCAAGACAGUCUCCGUUUGGCCUGUUGGUCUUGUAGGAAAUGUGCGCUUUGAAAGACCGAUACUCGACGAGCAUGAUAAAGUGGCUAACUGGUCAACAGGCUGGAGACCUGAACGUCCAUUUGCCAUUGAUAUGGCGGGUUUCGCCAUCAAUUUAAAGUUAUUGCUCGACAAUCCUGAUGCAGAGUUUUCUUUUGACGCACCGAGAGGUUACCAAGAAUCCACUAUCCUGGGGGCGGUUGUUACAAAAGAGAACCUUGAACCCAAAGCCAGCAAGUGCACCAAGGUGUACGUUUGGCAUACUCGUACCGAAAACCCGAAACUAAACGAUGUGAAGGGAAAAGUUCCUGGCAUGGUCGUCGACUGGACGGUCGAAGUUUGAGACUAAAUUUGUUUGUACUUGUUGAACUUUGCCAAUUUCGGAUCCACUAGGAUUUGCCUUUCUUAUUUUAAUAACCCAAAAUGUAUUAUUUUUUUUUUCAACUUGCAAAUUCUUACGAGACCUAUUCCAGUAAUAAAAAGAAGAAUGACUACUUAA